GCAUUCCGAGUGUUUAUAUCGUCAUGGAUGAGCAAGAAGUAGUCAGUGGCGAAAAUAAAGCUCUCCGGUCUCUAAAUUCUGAUGUCCAAACCCACGUUAAUUUUAUUAACAGGUCGACACGAAGCGCCCGAGCAUGGUGGUUGGAUUUUUCCGGACAUCCAGUUUCAUAUGGCGAUAUACGACCGAGCGGGUUAUUACAUAUGGACACAUUUCUGACGCAUCCGUGGGUUUUCAGAGCCUCUCGAAAUGGGGCGAAACUUGUAGCUGAUCAGCAGGACGUUUAUAUGCCAGCAGCUGCCACCGAAUAUGAAGAGGACGGUAGCCCCAAGUUUCUGAAUGUCGUCCUAACUGCCCCAGUGUACUCUCUCCAGGAGUUGUGUCUGAUGCUAAUCCGUAAACUGGUAGAAGAGGAGGACUACGGCCGACUGGACAUCCCUGAGUCACUGAAGACAGACCUCAGACAACGGCCUGACCUACUGAAGGAGCUGGGGCUCAUCAACCGUCUCAGAAUAGGAGUGUUGAUUUAGGAUCAGUUGUGUCAUUUAGAUCACAGUGAAUCAGAUGACAUGGACAGGGGGACCUGAACCUAAAUCAGCACUCCUACUGUGAGAAGCGUUAUGCAUACAGGCCCUGAAUCAUGGACUUUCUGUUUGACCAAAUGUAUCCUUUAUUUUCCCCUCCUCUGGACUCUUUGGUGUCUCUAGAACAGUGGUAGUCAGAGUCGGGGGAACUGCAGUGGGGUCGCCAAUUAAGAGUACAUAUUAUUGUAUGAGACAAAAAAAAUAACGUUUUUGAGAAAGAUAAAAAAAAAAAAAAAAUGUUUAUUGAAUAAAUGUAUUUAUUUGUUUCUUUUCAUUUUGAUAAGAGAUUAAAAUGCAAUGAAUUUAAGGUUAUUUGUUGAUGUAAACAUUUUAAUGUAUCUAUCGUGUCAUUAGCUUUGGGGUGGGGUCGCAAUAAAUUCUUGAGGAAAAAAUGGGGUCCCCACAGAAACAGUUUGAAUACCACUGGCUUAGAGCAUUUGAAUGUAACUUAUCCCUGCCCUGAACUCGUUGGUGACUCAAGAAUGUGUUCACAAGAUAUGUAAGCUUAGAGCAUUUGAAUGUAACUUAUCCCUGCCCUGAACUCGUUGGUGACUCAAGAAUGUGUUCACAAGAUAUGUAAGCUUAGAGCAUUUGAAUGAAACUUGUCCCUACCCUGAACUCGUUGGUGACUCUAAGUAUGAAGAGUAUGUGAGCACAGUGCUUUAUGUUGUUUCCUAGCCUGGUCCCAGAUCUAUUUGUGCCGUCUUACCAACUCCUGUGGUCAUUGACACUCCUGUGGUCAUUGACACUCCUGUGAUCAUUGAUACUCCUGUGGUCAUUGACACUCCUGUGGUCAUUGACACUCCUGUGGUCAUUGACACUCCUGUGAUCAUUGAUACUCUUAUGAUCAUUGACACUCCUGUGAUCAUUGACACUCCUGUGGUCAUUGACACUCCUGUGAUCAUUGAUACUCCUGUGGUCAUUGACACUCCUGUGGUCAUUGACACUCCUGUGGUCAUUGACACUCCUGUGAUCAUUGAUACUCUUAUGAUCAUUGACACUCCUGUGAUCAUUGA